CGCCUGGUUGUCAAUGCAUUUAAAAUAUGUUUUGAUUAUUCCGAUCCAGGUCUUGAUGCUGCCUUCGUUGUUUUCGGUGCUUUCCAUCGCAAAGCGUGGCAAAUAUUGCCCUUUUCUAUUGAGAACUUGUCUAAUAACAAAUUGUGUUUAAUUUCUAAUAAAACUAUUAGUUUAUACUUAAUAGUCCUUUACAGAUUGGAUAGAAAAAAUCGUAAAUGUUGUCCAAAAAUCACUUGUCAUGCAGUAAUCGAAAAACAAGCGGGUUGCAAUCAUAUGUUAUGCUGUAUUUGUAAUACACAUUUCUGCUGGCUUUGCGGAAAAAAACUUUUUGAAUACUUGUCAAUAUAUUCGAGUAGAUAUUUGCUAAAUUGUAGGGCAAUAAUGCAGAUGUUAUAUAUACGGGUCUGGUUGAUCGCGAUAUAG